AUGACAUGCAGGGUAUCAUCAUUAAUUGCAGACGACCCCGGUACUUCCAUAGCUCUGUCUCCGCCAGAUUAUAUCUACAUUAAGACAGAGGGGGACACGUUACCGGACAUCACGUGUACCGCGGACUGUAGACCUGGCUGUACCUUUGUCUGGACACGACCGGACAACACCAACUUUACUGUCUCACCUGUGUUGUCACUGGGACAACUGGACAGAUUAGAACACGGGACAUACAGGUGUACUGCUAGGAAUGUUAACGAGGAGUUCAUGACAACAAUCAUUGUUACAGUACAGUAUGGUCCUGGUCCCUCGCUCAUUUUAUCACCACCAGAGACUAAGUAUACGAGGACAGAGGGGGACACGUUACCGGACAUCACCUGUACAGCGGACUGUAGACCUGGCUGUACCUUUGUCUGGACACGACCGGACAACACCAUCUUUACUGUCUCACCUGUGUUGUCACUUGGACAACUGGACAUAUCAGAACACGGGACGUACAGGUGUACUGCUAGGAAUGUUGCUGGAGAGUCGACUAAAGAGAUCAAUGUUACUGUGCAAUAUGAGCCCCGUCCGUAUCAAAUGCUGGACCAAAACCAGACGCUGAAUCUAGCCCUGUCAGAAACCCUUAUUCUAUCUUCUACAUUCCUCUCCAACCCGGCGCCAUCUUUCACUUGGACCUUCCAACCCGACAAAUAUUCUCCUGCUGUGGAUCUUGUAAACGGAACGGAUGACGUUAUUAUACAAAAUACGUUUGCGGCGAGGAAUUUAACUUCCUUUUCAGUUUUGACUCGGAUCAGUUUACAGGAGAGCUGGUUUGGGUUAUAUAACGUCACAGCAACAAACAACCAGGGGAGUGACAUGCUAAGCUUCGCAGUUCGUGAAAAAAUGAACCCUGGACUCCCAAAAAAUCUGCUAAUUGGCUGUACUAAGCCUAGUUCUGCGGAAGUCUCAUGGAAUGGCGGAGGGGACACUCAGUAUUACCAUAUUAUGUUCAGCCCUGACAGAUUUCUAAACUCACAAGAGGUUUAUCCGGUGACGAUUACAAAACACACAAACGGAAGUGACGUGUAUAGUUUAAAUAUAGACACUCUGGAUGGUGGCCAUGUCUAUUUCUUUAAGGUGGUAGCGUACAAUCCGUACGGAAACACAACAUCGGCUGAAGCUGUUGGUUGCACUAUUCAGGAGCCAUGUUCCUGUGGAACUGACAGUAUGUAUGUCCCCGGAGUUGUACUGACAGCCACUGGUAUUCUCACGCUUUUGUUCACAGUUGGAAUCGAGAUCUUUUUCAGACGAAAUAAAAGAUUGUGCCAUAGCACAUGUCGGCUUCCAAAACAGAAGGAAAACUGGGACGUGCAACUUUCAGAUCGAGGUGGAAGAUCUCAAAGCGAAAAUGAAAGAUCUGCAUAUCAGCAAGUUGAUACCAAUGACAUUGCCAAGGCGUCCGUGAAUUCUGAAAUCGGAGGACACCAUAAUGUUAAACAAAGUUGUCCUGACAAUAAUGGAGAUGGCGGAAAGUACGAGUCAUUGGAGGGGUUUUCGAAUCCGAUUAUGUAUGAAGAACUUCAUAAUACAACGUCCGGUACCAGUGGGAUAUAUAUCAAUACAUGUACCACCAUCGCUUGUGAAGAUUAGAGUUGAAACAACAUUAGAAAACUCGUCAAUGCUUCAUCAAGCUGUGUUUGGAAACAGAUCAAGAAGGACAUUGUAAUGUUGUUAUAUCUGUGAAAUGAAACCUUUAGUGUUUGAACUUUUCGCCAGAAUGUAUUGUUGUUGACAGAGUAGAUAUAUUGUUUUCAUUUUAAAUUACUUCCAAAUGUAUACCUAACAUCCAUUCAUAUAGAGUAUUUAAAAAACGGUUUCUUAACUUGUUAUAUGAUGUUUAUGGUUUGCUUGGCACUCCCAGUAUCACACAAACGUGACACCUAGAUACGUCAUCAAUUUUUCCUCGCUCAAUAGUUUGUCACAUAACCAGAAGAAAAUAUCAUGACAAGAGAACCCCAUCAUUAAUUCCUUGUCUGCUUUCUCAAUGAUUACGAAAGUAGGCCAUUAAUAUUCAUUAAUAUCUAGACAUUAUUAACAGAUGCCGUAAUUGGUAAGGAACUCAAUAGAAUAUAUUGUGAUUAUAUAUUUUCGUUUUCAUCCCAUUGUUGUUGGGGUUUUUUGUUUUUUGUUUUUGUUUUUGUUUUUUUCACGUGAAGCGAACUCGCUAAAUUGUAAAGUUAUGUAAUAAAAACAUUGAUACAUAAUGUAUAUUUUAUCGCAUUUCCCAGGUGUCUGUAGUAUGUUUAAAUACAUUUAACACAUGGCCUAUAUAAAGGGAAACCUGAAUGAAGUUGUUAAAGUUUUAUACAUUUGUAAGUAUGUAACAAAGACCUUGUUAACACAUUGUUUAUUAUUCCUAAAGAACAAUUCACGAUCAUGUGUUUGUUUAAUAUAUUGUAACUUAAUCUUAUAGCAAAGGGUUUGUAUUGAAAAAUACUUUGCUAUUCAAGUCGAUGUAUUUGUUUUAUUAAUUAUGCAAGCAUUGUUCAAUACUCAAAAUUACUCUUGCCGACAUUUUUAAAGAGAACAAUAGC